GCGUCGUGGCGCAGGGCGGAGCGCCGCGGUAUAAAUGCGCGAGGUUGUCAAACAGUGAAGUUUCCACGGGCGCGUGCGGGAGCGUGGACACGUCACGCUAUGAGUUACACAUAAAAUUAAACACGAUUAAGAAAAACAAGUGCUUUUCUCUGCGAAGGGCUUUUUCGGCGCCACAAGCACGAACGCUUCUGAGCGAUUAACGGAUAUAAAGCACGGGACAGACACGCGAGCUUUGAAACAAGGCUUUGGGGAAACUGGAUCCCGGAGAGUUGCUGUCUUCAUACGUCAGUGCUUCAGGGUGAAGAUUUUUAAAAAUCAGCUGGUCUCUGACAAUCGCUUUUAAGCAAUUUCCGAGCGACAAUUCAAAAUCGGAGGCCCUUGCUUUUAAACUGAUGCUUAAGACUAAGACUAAAGACUUUCACCUUGAUGUUCGCAAGAGAUGUUAGGACUGUUGUAAGUCUAACCGAAGGAGCUUUCAAGACAUAAUCAAACUCAUCAUGCAUCUGGAGGUGAAGGUUGCGUUGAACUUCAUCGUGUCCUACUUGUACAACAAGCUCCCGCGCCGUAGGGCGGAUCUGUUCGGUGAGGAGUUGGAGCGUAUCCUAGUGUCCCGCUUCGAAGGGCACUGGUACCCUGAGGCUCCUUUACGUGGUUCUGCCUUCCGCUGCCUCCAUCUGGGAGCUCCCAGGGACCCUGUGGUGGAGCUGGCAGCCAGGAGAAGCGGUCUGGACACCGAAGAGGUCCGUGCCAAUGUUCCCCCCGAGCUCAGCAUUUGGAUCGACCCCUACGAAGUGUCUUACCAGAUCGGGGAGAAGGGUGCCGUGAAAGUCCUGUACACGGAGGAUCCACCAGGUUUAGGCGCAGACGCCGAAAGGUCAGAUGUUUCCCUCAAAGGAGACGUGGAGUUUGAGGACGUCAAGAGUCUGGGCUUUAACCCAGAGGCUCAGGUGUUCAUACCGAUCGGUGGCCAGGUGUCGCCAGUCAUGCUACCCUCACUCUCCAGUUCGCCAACUCCUCUUUCUACCUCAUCUUGCCCGGUACUCUUCGGUUAUGCCACUCCCAGCACUCCCACCAAUCCCAGUGCUCAUUCCUCCAAUACAUCCACCCCCUCGCCUCCAAGCGCCGGUCUCUUGUACUCCACUCCGAACCCCCGGCCCGCCCCUCAGCCGAUCACCUUCACCACAGCCAGCUUUGCCGCCACCAAAUUUGGCUCCACCAAGAUGAAGAAGUGUGGCAACCCCGGAGUUGCUUCCGGUUCUGGCGGCGCCCCGGCUCCGCAACAGAGGAUGAUCACGCGCUCCCCCAGCACCAUCUCCCCACCAGGCCUGAUCAAGCACAAAGCCCUCUCCCUCUCCAUGCACUCUCUAGCUGGACCCAUCCCAAGCCAACUGUCUCCUAAUGCCAAAGAGUUUGUGUUUCCCGCUUCCCAGAGGCCCCUCUACUUUGACGCAGAAGGUCCGCCAAUGGCGCCAUUCCAGGCUCCACACCCACACACCUCCUUCGAUCCGUUCUCCAGUCCACAACCAGGUCAGGCUGUGGGAAUCAUUGGAGGCAACAGUGGAAUUUCCUUCAUGGAUAAACCUCCGUUCGUGGAAGGACUUGGAUACAACCUGCAGUAUUCUGGCCAGGCCUUCCAACCUGUGGUGUUGGCCAACUAAAGUCUCAGAGUUGAAGACAUCCCAAUGCUGAAACAUUUUCCUUGAGGACAUUUUUCCUCCCUCCAUUAAUCACUGUUAUCACACCAUGAUAAAUCGAGAGUAUUAUGACUACUAAUAGAGUAUUAAUUGUGAUUAUUUUUCCGUUCAUUUGUUUCUCGUUUCAUGAUGUAUAUUUUUUUAUGAAUUGACUAUCUCUUGGAGUAACCAGCCUCCUGUUGCACAGGUGUUUUGUUUGUCGUUUUCAGUGAUGAGUCACUUUAUCGCCCCGAUGUUUGUCUCCUCCGUAAUCUUUAGUUAAUGCUACUUUUUAAAAUUGAUUCUGGGGAAAAAAAGCUAAUAUUCUUAGAGAAGGUUGUAGAUGCCUAAAAGGGAUUUUUGGGAUAGUGUUGAUGUUCAGAAACGCGACGCUCUGGAGAUUACAGCCACGUUAACAAUUUAGACGCACCUCAGUUGUCAUAACUGAGGAUUAAUGGUAAUGUUAUGACCUGUUCUCUGAACCGACAUGGGUCUCUUGAGCUGAUGAUUAAGAGGCAGCUCAUGUCUGGUGUUUUGGAUUAGCUUUAGGAUUCUCUCCUUUUGAGUUUGAACACACUGAGCCAAAUCCUGAUAAAACCAGCCAGAGAUUAUACCCGUUUCUAAUGAGUCCGAUUGGGAAUCGAUGUUGUAUAUUUUCAUUCCGGCAGAUCUAGUAAUUCAGACAUCGGCGGCGAGCGGACCGAAUGACUGAUUGUGUUCCUGGUCAGAAGUGCUUGAAGGUACUGGUUGGAGGUUUUGAUUAGUCUCUUUGAAGGUACGGGAGGUCACCGGCACGGAGAUGCACAGAUUAGCUUUCUGUCACAGAGGCCCACGUUGAAUUUAAUGCUUCAUUCUUACCUUCCAGAGGUUGUAAAUGGUGGUUUGCAAGAGAUGCUACAGUGAAAAUUGCACUUUGUUUUCUCCGCUCUAGGACUCUGAAUGUUACCUCAUAUAUUCCGACUGCAGUGGCUGUGUUUUGUGAAGCGUUUGAUUGCGCUGGGAUGGAGGCUGGCGUUCUAGUAUCUUCUCGAAGGUAGGAGCCAAUGCUGGCUUCUGUUAUGACAUCACUUCCCCCUCAGCGUACCGCCCCAUCCAGCUGCGCUGCACUUUACGCACGGGGCCUAUGGAAACUCCCGUAAUGCCUCACAAUAAACAAUAAACACUAUAUGCUAGAUGCUAAAGGUCCUUUACUCGCCCUUUAAUGGCCAAUUAUGACUGAACUAUUGCUUGGUAAUGUAGUUUAAAGAUUGUAUUAAAAAAAAACGAAGAACUUUCUAACAUGUUUGGGUGAGACUGUACUUCUUGUGACGUCCUUCCUCGACAUUUGAAUUGUGAACGUCAGCUUCAUGAAUAUUCGGUUGUUUCCAUUGGUUUCAUUUGGGGUGGGCGGGGUUUAGAUUUCUCUAUAAAUGCUAUGACUGGGUGUAUUUUUACAUUCGUUUGUAAUUUAUUUACAAUUUUUCUAUAUUUUUUCGUGUGUGUUUUUUCAAAAGAGUUCUCUACAGCAUUUAUAAAGCAAAUUAAGAGAUAUAUACGACGACACGAAUAUGUAUAUAUUUCUUAUGUUCAAGACCUUUGUUUAGUUUCUUACGUGCUGAAGUUAUUUUUUCAGAAAUAACUAUAUGAAUAUAAAUAUAUAUGCAAGAUGAAAUGACUAAUAAAAUGUGUUUAACAAAGUGCUGAAUGUGUAUUGUACCUUCUACUGGAGUCAUUUCAAUUUAGCAUUAGUAGUUUUUGCUUUGAUGCUCUUGAAGAUGUCCUUUUUAUAUAGUUUGACAAACUUUUCCACAUCCCAAAGCAUGGUGUAUAAACCUCGUAUCAUCCUUAAUGUUCAACCCCCAAAUAUCUUCAGAGUAUCAGUAUUAUUGACCCUUAAAUGCACACCAAUGCAAAGAUCCUUUAGUUAUUUUGUCUAUCUAUCCUGUCUUUUGGGAAUCGGUCUAAAACGUCUCACUUUGGAAAUUGUGAUGUUGAAAUGUGAUACGAAGCAAAAGAACACCUUGUUUUAUCAACAAGGUUAAUAAAAGUCUUUCAGGUUUGUAACGCAA